AACAAAUUCGACUUUACUACCGAUUUGCAGCACGCAUUUCGCCGGCAUGUCGGACCCCGCCAGUAUCAAAGCGCUGCUCGAUCAGCUUCGGGAGUCUGACGAAUGGCAGAAAGUGGCGAGCACAUCUGCGAGUUCGGCGCCGAUUAUAGGUGGUCCAUUGCCACUCAGGACAACUGAGGGUCCGGGGCCUAUGCUCGUAGAUCCAAGCCCAGAGUCUGCAGACGCGGGGGCUAUAGCAGUUGACCCAAGGCCCUCACAACCAACUGCGCCACCAGCAACGGCGCCCACCCCUUCCGUGGCGGAGUUACUCUCUCAGUUGCAGCAACCGGUCGCGCCUCCACCUGGAAUAUCUUCCUCUGGCCGAGAUCUCCAUCUGCCUGCGCACGGUGGUCUUCGUGGUCCUUCGCGUCCUCCUGUUCCUUUCAUAGGAGAUGCUCGCGCCUCCGCCGACCCACCGACUUUCAUACCGGUCGAAUCGCCCACGCCGGAGCCCGCUGCACCUCGGAAGGACCCGCGGUCGCUGAACUAUGCGGAAUCGCUGACUGCUUUGGGUCGGCUGUCCAGCGACGCCGAGUUUCUGUCGUUUUUGAAGCAGCUCAAGCGCGAGCAAGAUGAGCUUGAGAGGAAGCUCGCCACUGAGCGCGAAGGGAUCCGGAAGAAGCACGAGGAGAAGGUGCGGGUGGCGAAGACAAAAGCCACGAUGAUAGGCGGAGGGAUCAGCGCACAUGAGGCAGACAUGUUGCAAAGAGCAUACCGGAAAGACCUCGAGAAUUUCGACCGUGAGCGCGUAUUGUCUGCAUGGCGAGCGCUCGUCAAGACGCAGCAGGCGGCGAUGGAAAAGCGUGCGGUGCCGGCGAUGUUCGUUACAACUGCGAAGGCGGAUAUGCAGCGUCAGAAGAGGGUGAUCUCGGUCCUGGAAGAUAUGAUAAGCGACUAGGUGGACGUAUUCAAUGCUCAAUACGAUACUCGUCGGGUACCCGCCACGAGGGA